AUGAGGCCAAACAACUCAGAAAGCCUCCAGUUCUACAACGAGCCCUAUAAUGUCGAACUUAACGAGACUUUGACUAUUGGCGACACCGUGGAAACUCCAGUAGUGGUCGUAAACUGGGAUUCCGAGGAAUCACCUCCCAAGCUCUACUUUGAGGAGUACGAUGCCCCGUUCAAGGUGAUGACAGGAAAGCGUCCCAAUUCGACAGUGACGAAAGAAGGAGCGAAUCAAACGACUUCUCGUGAACCAACGGUCGUCCUUUUGAAACUUGUCAAACCCAUUACGCAUCUUCCAAUUACGCUUAAACUUAUUGCUGAGCUACUUGAAUGGUGA